AUGACAAAUCGACUGGGUACAGCUGGGGUCCGGCCCCAGGACGGGGCGGGGCGUGCGGUUCCCCAGUUUGUAGAAGACUAUGAUGAGCCCACCAAAGCUGACAGUUACAGGAAGAAGGUGGUCCUCGACGGCGAAGAGGUUCAGAUAGACAUUCUGGACACAGUCGGCCAGGAGGACUACGCGGCCAUCCGAGACAAUUAUUUCCGCAGCGGAGAAGGCUUUCUGCUUGUGUUCUCCAUCACCGAGCACGAGUCCUUCACUGCCACGGCCGAGUUCAGGGAACAGAUCCUCCGAGUCAAGGCCGAGGAGGAUAAAAUACCCCUGUUGGUCGUGGACAACAAGUCUGACCUGGAGGAGCGGAGGCAAGUGCCCGUGGACGAGGCCCGGGGCAAAGCCGAGGAGUGGGGUGUGCAGUAUGUGGAGACAUCAGCCAAGACCCGUGCCAAUGUGGACAAGGUGUUCUUUGAUCUGAUGAGAGAAAUCCGAGCAAAGAAGAUGUCGGAGAACAAGGACAAGAACGGCAGGAAGAGCAGCAAGAGCAAGAAGAGUUUCAAAGAGCGAUGCUGCUUGCUGUGAGCUGGGCGCCCGCGGCGGAGCGCAGAGUGGACCGCGCUGCA